GCUGUGAGAGGCACCGCACCGCAGUCACUCCAAAACAACACAAACGGCAAAGAAAGAGAGAGGAAGGAAGGAAGGAAAGAAACCUGAGAUUGAUCGAUCGAUCGAACGCUUUUCAAUGCCGAUCCCUUCCUCCAGAAAACCCUAAUUUUCCAUCUCCCCUUCGCCAAAUCACCUUCCUUCUUCUAGCGUAUUAAUCUCUUCUAUCUUCGUUGGAAGCAUCUGUUGCUCGCCAAAAACCUCUUCUUAGUUCUUAUUCAUCAACCCUAGUUUUGACGGCCAUGGCGGCCGGAUCUCCACCCAACACCCUCACGCCGUCGUCUCCGCCUCCCCCCGACGUCGACAGCAAGCGAGCUGCGUGGGCUCAGGUCGUGUCGGCCUCUCCGUCGCCACCGCCAUCGCUGCUCCCCGCCGGGGACCAAGCUGUGUUAUCCGAUUCCCCUCGUUCCGCCGAGGCUCCUGCGGGGAACUCCGAUAGCAAUCAAAGCAAUGCCGGUAAUCUCAAGAAGCCAGCUUGGAACAAACCCUUAAACGGCGUCGUCGCCGGCGUAGGCCCUCUCAUCGGCGGUGCUGUUUCCUGGCCCGCUCUAUCAGAGUCUACUCGGACUCCUUCCAAAUCAACAUCGGAUUCUUCUAAGCCUGUCUCCGACCCUUCCCUUUCCACCUCGCAGGGUCCUGUAAUUUCGAAUUCACCUCAGAAUCAGAAGCACGUUGAUGCUAAUCCAAACCCUAGUUCGACUCCAAGCCAAACAAUCCCAGUUCGGCAAAGAUCAGGAAAACGUGGUGGCGGGACUGGGGUUGGAUCAGCGGUGAGUGGCUUUAGUCGGGGCCCCCCGCCGCCACCACCAUACGCUCUGUUUGAAAUGCCUUAUGGUGCAUUGGUACCAGCAUUGCCGGAUUCUUCUCUUGGUGAACAUCCUUACAAGGGCAAUAGUUGGGAAGGAAGACCAAUUGGAGGCUUUGUUUCUCAUUCUCAUCCAGUGAAUGAUCAGUCUUCACAGCGAAAUUUUUCCCGGAGGAGCAACUUUGGGGGCCGUCAUAAUACGCAUGGUAGCAGGCGUGAUCAAGACCGUGAUAGGAAUGCUUCACGAAGUUCUAAUCCUAGAGACGUUCAUCUACCACAGCAUAUGGCUCCACAUAGGGGUUUCAUAGGGCCACCACCGCCGGGUUCUACUCCCUUCAUUGUGCCCCAGUUUGGGAGACCCUUUGGAAAUCCUAUGGGUUUCGAUAUGACAUCCCCAUUUAUGUAUGUCCCGCCACUGCCUCCAGAUUCCUUCAGGGGUGUGCCAUUCAUCCAUACUGCACCACCACCACCACCACCACCACCACCACCACCACCACCACCGCCACCAACUCCACCACCAAUGUUUUACCCAUUUGCAGAUGCGAGUGCUACUCUGCCUACUUUAUUAGUCAAUCAGAUAGACUAUUACUUCAGUGAUGACAAUUUGGUAAAGGACGACUUUUUAAGGUCCAAGAUGGAUGAUGAGGGUUGGGUUCCCAUUGAUUUAAUUUCUGGAUUUCCUCGAGUUCAGCAAAUGACAAACAACAUCCAGUUUAUAUUGGAUUCCCUGAGAGCGUCAUCUGUUGUAGAAGUACAGGGAAACAAGGUAAGGAGACGUAACGAGUGGAGAAAAUGGAUACCUGCUUCUGGUCGCUUUCCCAUUGACUCAGGCUCUCAGCCCCCCGUUGGACUGACUUCCAAUUUGAUUAAGUCUUUUCAGAAAGUCUCCCUGGAUGAAGUAAAUGCUAACCAAGAUUCUGCUACGACAGAGUUGGGUGCAAGUCAAAGCUCAUCCGAGGAGUUGAAUCGGUACUCUAAAUUGGCCAAUGGAGAGUGUACAAACGAAGAAGCCUCAAGCCAGAUAUGAAAAUUCCAACUUCAAAAGAUUUUUGGGUAAACUCACUGGAGCCCAUUGGUUUUUUUUUUUAAUUAGAUGGCUCUUACAUUGGAGGAGUGAAAGGAACAGCACGAGAAGUUUAGGAUUGUCAUGUUUUCUCCUUGGUGAAGCCCAUAUUUGGCAGUUAAAAGAGGAGAAUUAAAAUUGUAAGUAUAUGCAAGAAAUGAAAGCUGAGAAAUUGGAGUGGAAUAUUUGCUUGGACAAAACACGAGGUUGUUAAGUAAUAUGGUUGUGGUGCUGGAUGAUGUUUCUGCAUUCCGUUAAUGUCGUGGAAGGUGUUUGGUUUGCUAUUAGUAGGACAAGUUUUGAGGUUACUGAUUCUCCGUCACUUGGAUGAGUCUGUGAUAGCUUAUGUUAUGGGGAAAAAAAGGUCUUUAGUUGGAGUUUGAGAUAUAGUGCAAAAAGCACUCAGCUGGCUUGAAGUGGGUGACCGAGUGCUAGGGUUUUGGCCAUUAUACCUGCUCUAUGCAAUUUAUGCUUUAUUACCUUUUUUAAGUUGUGUUUUUUUUUUUCUUUUUUUUUUUUUUUUGGGGGGGGGGGGGGGGGGGCGGCAGUUUUUUAAUUUCAUUUAUGUACCUUAUGAACAUAUUGCCCUCUGUCUGGCAUAUAUCUUUGACAUAUUUAUUCUUCAAGACCUUUUUGAAGAUUUUGUUACAUUGAAACUUGAGCUUUAUUGGGACUGUUAUCUGACUCAUGCAUGGGACCUUUAAUGUAAAGUUGCAUUUAUUUUAUAAAUUUUUCUC